AUGAGCUACUCGACAGCUAUUAUCUUCUUCUCUAUUGCUUUGGCUACUGUAUUUGCUGGUCCAAGAGGGCCGGGAGGUCCAGGAGGGUUCGGAGGACCUGGAGGCCGCGGAAGACAAGGACCACCAAUGCCACCAUUCCUUCAGAAUGUCACUGACGAAGGAAGACGAGCAUUCUUCGAUAUCAUGCGCAAUCAGAACUUGACUAUCGCUGAUAUGGAGAGCCAGACAGCGACAUGGGCACAGACUUAUGGAGUGUCGGACAUCUACACCCAAUUCGAAGCUAACAUGACUGCUCACAAAAACGAGGUCCAACAAAACGUCACUCAAGUGGUCAGCCAACUCUCGGCCGCCCAGACCGCCUUGGGAUCAGUCAUGAACAAUAAGAAUCAGACCCGUCAACAGAUGAAAGAGGCCAUUGACAACUUGAAGACCCAAUACCCACAAGAGAUUCCAGCCCUGUUCUUCAUCAGUGGACAAUUCAGAAGAGGACCAAUGGGACCAGGAGGUAGAAGAGGUGGACCAGGGGGAAGACGUGGUGGAGAUUCUGGAGAGAUGAUGGGGAUGGGAGGUGGAAGAGGAAUGAGAAUGGGAGGAGGAGGUAUGGGAAGACGUGGCGGACCAGACAGCAUGAACGAGUCUUCGGAUAAUAUGGAUUUCUAA